GGAGGCUCUGCUUCAAAAGUCUUCCAGGUUUUCUCACACAUGGGUCUUGGCUGUGUGUCCCUCAACACCUUCAGAUUCCGAAGGGUAAGACUAUUUCGGUGCUGGUCAUGAGUUCCAGUUAAUUGCAGGCAAUGAUAUAAAUGAAUAUUGUGGUACAGUUUAACUAACGUGCAAAUUAGUUCCACACUUCAGAUGUAAAUAAUAUUAUUAAAGUGAUUAAUUCAAAUUAAAAACAAUUACAGGUACACUGCAGUAGGUAAAUGAUAACGUAACGUAUUGUUAUUCUAUCUGAGAACAUCUUGCGCAAAAAGCUGCUGCAUACUUUACAAAGCUGUAUGUACAUAAACUAAUCUUAUUAUUAUUAUUUAUUAACAUUAUUUUUCAUUUCCAAUCUUUUUUUCAGAACAAGCUCUUUCCAACAAUUUCACUUUAUUGGGUAAAAUAUCAAGCGAAAUUGUUGGAAAAGGUGAAAGCUAUACAAGGGGGUAUUGUGUUAGCGGGAAAUGGAAGACACGACAGCAUGGGACAUAGCGCCAAGUUUGGAGCUUACACUAUGUUUUGUUGUACUCUGCCAAUGAUAAUACACUUUGCCCUUAUUCAGGUAGACUGAAAAACCAUGGUUUGUUCUUCAAAUGUUAGUGAAUUUUACAGCUAGUGAUAGCUUUAUUUUACGUCACCACUGCUAAUGGGAUUAUAUAAGUACAUACAGUUAAGAAUGCUAAUCUUAGUUCACUCUAGUGAUACAAGCUUGUGGGAAUGAUUUCGAUGAACUUUUUUUCUUAUUAUUAUUCACAGAGAAAUCAGCCAGGAAGCAGUCCUGCCAUGGAAUUCAUGGGAUUCAAGCAAUGCAUGGAAUUUCUGUUGGGCUGUGGGGUUUUGAUAACCACAUUCAUCUCUGAUCGCCACACCACCAUUGCAAGCCACAUGAAGCUGGUGCUCAGCAACAUUGCCCAUUACUUUGACAUAUGGCAUUUGAAGAAGAGUAAGUAUCCUCUAAUAAAGUAA